UGUAGAUGACAAUCUUGACAUAUAAACAAUUUUCUUGUUACUUUUACGAAUUCAUUAAUGCUUCAAAUGCGAUGCUGAGUUAAUUUUGCGUUUACUUAUUUUAUCGUUGUUAUGUUCUUUAGAGCGUUGUUUCGUGUAAUUUUUGGUUGAACAUGCAUUUUUCCAUUCCAUAUACACAGGAAUUAAACGAAGGAAAUGGGUCUACUUUUAUUGGUUAUAAUGUUUACAUUAACGGCGUCUUCCAUUGCACAGUUCGUUAUAAGCAAUUACACAAUCUGAAUGAACAACUCAAAAAGGAGUUUGGCAGUGACAGUAUCCCUCCAUUUCCGCCCAAAAAGUUGCUUCCUCUAACUGCUGGACAAUUAGAAGAGAGAAGGGUGUUAUUAGAAAAAUAUAUUCAAAUUGUUGGCCAAGAUGGUAAACUUGUAUCAUCUGAAAUAUUGACUGGAUUUCUAUUAUCUGCUCAACAAGAAACAAUAUGCCAAAAAAAGGAAGAUGUUAAUCUAGAUAUUUAUGUCACCAACAAUUAUCAGAUGAGUAUUAGGGUCUCUACCAUACAUAGAACUGAACAAGUACUGUCAAAGACCCUUAAGCAAAUUAGCUUGUCGCUGGAUUUUAUACAGUAUUUCUCCCUCUACCUCAUAAAAUUGGAAAAUACGGGUGAUAUGGUAGUGUUAAGAAAACUUUCAGAUUUUGAAUCACCUUAUAUGACCCAGCAAGCAGUUCAGGGUGCCAACAGAAUAAUGUUAAGGAAAAGCUAUUGGGACAAAGCUUUUGAUAAGGAACUUAUGAAGGAUCCCAUAGCAUUAAACCUGUUAUAUCUCCAAACAUUAGCGGACAUAGAAAGGGGCUGGAUAAUAACAACUAAAGAAAACAGGUCCCAUUUAGAACAAUUACAAGACAAAUUUGCAAAACGGGAAUACAUAGAAUAUGCACAAAGACUAAAAUACUAUGGCUUCCUACAAUUUGGUUUGUGUUACUGUGAUUACCCGUAUGCACGGACUGGAGUGCAGAUUUCCAUAGGCAAUGAAGAGCUCAAUAUGAGAAUCUUGGGUCCUUCGAAAUUGGUUAAGGAAGGUGUAUUUAAAGUAACUAGAAUGAGAUGUUGGAGAAUAACUGCUCCUAAUGAUAAAUUGCCCUCCAAUAUAGAAGAUGAUUCCCAUAGCAAUAGCAUUUACUCUAAUACAAAAUCUCGUAUGGAACUCUCUUUUGAAUAUUUAAUGUCAAAAGAUAAGUUGCACUUGAUUACAAUAUCCAGUGAUCAAGCCAUAUUGAUGUCUGUGUGUCUACAAUCUUUAGUAGACGAGUUGUUGAUGAAGAAAAAUGGCUUCAAGAAGAAAUCUGUAGAGAGUAACAAAGGAAAGCGGCCGUAUAUGAAAAGGGAUGGAUCUUAUCAGUUUGUUUCUAUUGACAGUAUAUAUAUGGAUAGUGCAGAAGAAUCUGAUGGUGAGAGUAUAAAUGAUUUCCAAGAACCCUUCUCAAUUAAAAAGUUACAAGAGAAGUUUUCCAGCGUCUCAUUUAAAAGUGGAAGGGAAAUUAUUGAAAACCACGUGUUUGAAGGCAUUGGUGAUGAUGACUUAUAGAUAUUUGACUGACUUAUCACUUUUGCUCAGUUUGUAUACUAUAUUUUUGAUUAUUUAAAAUAUGGUGCUAGUUAUCAUUCUUUUUUUAAAAAAAUGGUACUUGCGAGAAGUGAAUUUAAUGUUCACAGUCCAUUAUUUUGACAGCAGUUCUUUUGUGUAUGUCUAAUUGGUGUAACCCGUCUAGAGAAUUAUAUAAUGUUCUCCCUAUCGUUUUUUAACAUACGUUUUUAAAGUCAAUUUUAAGGAAGUGUAAAUAAGUCUAUGUAUAUUUCACAUUUUAAUAAUAAAAACUAUUAACUAAAAAAA